UAUUCGCAUACGGGGUUGUCGGAGACUCAGUCUAUCGGUCAUCGACGUUUCGCGAGUUGAAAAAAUAAUCAAAAUUAAAUUUUAAAGCACAACACUUGAAGCAUAGUGACAAAUAAUUAUUUUAAACUCUUCAGCACAUUGUUUAUUUAUUAAUAAUUAUAUUUGUUUAACAAUAAUAAAUACUUUUACUCAUUUAUUAUUCACAUCGGGCGACCAUAAUACCAGUUAUUGAUUCACGAGUCAUUGCAAUUUACACUGCCAAAUACUAGUUUAUUAUUUAUUUUAUUAACUCAUCGUUCUAUAUAUUUUUUAAAUUGUUUAUACUAAUUGUUAAUUCAUUAAUUAAUUGCCAUCAUUUUUUUUUUUGUUAAAAUUACUCUUUGAAACGACAAAAUAAAAGUAAAUAAAAAAUUUUAAAUCGAGUAAUUAAAAAAAAGAAAAAUGAAAAUUGGAUUGCUGGGAAAUUUCUUGCAUUGUUUCAAUUUGAAACAAGGCACCGUCUUAAUUGCCAUCUUACAAUUAUUUGUAUCAGGAAUUAGUAUGACAUUCUUCUUGUUGGCUUUGGCACACGCAAUGGACAUACAAGAAAUGGUUGCCAGAGAUUCAGAAGAGGCACUUGAACGUGAAGCUAUGGAAGCUAUAUCAUCAAUGCAUCAAAACACUAAAAGAAUGGAUAUUGCCCAUCACAAUGCAACAGAAAAAGUAUAUUCAAUGUAUUGCGGAUUAGUAAUCUCAGUAAUACAUUUUAUAUCGACUAUAUUACUGCUUUAUGGAGUUUUAAUUAAUAAUCGUCAUUUUAUGGCGCCUUGGAUGAUGGUAAUGAUGACAACGAUUGUUGCUCUAUUUUUAUCAUUGUUCCUUGUACAACAAGACUGUCCUUUUAUUGCAAUACUUGGUGGCAAAGCUGAUAUGAUUGAACGAAUUGCGGUUCUAUUUUUAAUAACGAUAUUCUUAUACAUUUGGUUUGUGGUAUACAGUACUUACAAGAGUCUAGAGAUUAAAAAAGGAGGAAUAACACAUGAAAUUCAUAAUGUAAAGAAAAAUAAAUAUGCAUUAACACCUGGUGAAGGCACAAGUAAUGGAAAAGUACGUUUACAUUCAGGUACUCAAAUUCCUUAUGAAGUUUAAGACAAUACUUAUUUAUAAAAGUUAUAAUAAUAAAUAUAUCAAUUAAAAAAAAAAAU